CCCGAGACGCCCCCCCCCCCUCCCCUUUUCCCCUCUCACACGACCUCAAGCCCUCGACAUGGCGACCCCGUUGUCAGGCGACAGCAUCGUCCCCAUGGCCGAAUCCGUAUCUUUGACGUCGCGCGAAGCAGCGUCGGGACUGCUUGGCUCCAUUUCGCUCACCUGCUGGAUUUUCCUUCUUGUUCCUCAGCUCAUCGAGAAUUACCGCAACGGCAACGCCGAGGCCAUCUCCCUUCUCUUCCUCUUCGUCUGGUUCGUUGGCGACAUCACCAACCUCAUCGGCGGUGCCUGGGCUGGCCUAGUCCCCGUCAUUGUCGCCAUUGCCGUCUACUUCUGUAUCGCGGACGGCGUCCUCAUCAGCCAAUGUCUGUACUAUAAGGCCCGCAACUCGCGCCAAGCCGCGGCGCGCCAUCGUCGGAGACGAUCUUCCGUGGAAACCCCGGACACGGUCACUCCCCUGCUGGGCCGACGGUUCAGCGACGCGGUCGAGCACCAUCGUCCGGCUGCGCGCCGGGCGGAGGGUUAUGUGCAAGGCAUUGCCUCGGGGCCGGAAGACACCCUCGCGAAGAUUGUCGAGGAGAAUGACGUCGGUCGCAAGGCUUGGGUUAAGAACUUCAGCAGCGUGCUGGCCAUCUGCGUCAUCGGCAUGGCGGGCUGGACCAUGGCCUGGCAGACGGGUGUCUGGAAGCCGGCCCCCAAGGAGGUGGAUGGUGGAGUGGACAUGGCACCGGGCGCGAUGGUGCUGGGAUAUAUUAGCGCGCUCUGCUAUCUGGGUGCGCGUCUGCCGCAGAUCUAUAAGAACUAUUGCGAAAAGUCAUGCGAGGGACUCUCACUUCUAUUCUUCAUUCUUUCCCUCAUGGGAAAUCUGACUUAUGGCGCAGGGAUUCUCUGCCACUCCACGGAGCGGAACUAUAUCAUCACCAACGUGCCAUGGCUGAUUGGCUCCCUGGGCACAAUGAUCGAGGAUGUGACGAUAUUCAUCCAAUUUCGACUCUAUGCUGUCCAGGACCCUGAGGAUACGCUAUAAUUAUUUCCUUGUACAUCUGAUUUUGCUUUGAUUAAAACUAUGCGGGUGGUUUAGCGUGUCUUAUUCUCUGAGCUGGCAGGUUGGGGUUGUUGUGCUUUUAUUCUGUAUUCGGCGGGUGUUGCGCUGGGGCGGUCGAUGCUUCUGAAAAGUUUUUGCUUGUCUUUCCUUGCGACUGACUGCUUCAUCUUGUAUAUUUACAUCAAAGGCAUCUUGUAAUUUAUGACCAUUACAAGCAGG